AACACUUUCAGUCUCAUACCCUUUUCGCCCUCUUCUCUGUACCCGUGACGGAUAAGGGGAUAAGACAAAGACACGGAAAAGAGGCACUACGCCCAGCGAACGAAGAGGAAAGAUGGAGGUGUCGCUGAUGAGCAGCGCGCGCUGCUCUACCUUCUCGCCCGCUCCCACUAGGAGACCCACAGCCUCCCUCCUCGCCCGCCCCACCUUCCUCUCCUUGCGCUCCUCCUCGUUGUGUCCUCUCCUCGCUCUCACCUCCUCUGUGGACGUCCUCCCCCAGCGGCGCGGCCGUAGGGUAACGGUGAUGAGCAUGGAGGCGGGCAUCGGCGUGAUGGGUACUAAGCUGGGGAUGAUGACAUACUUCGAGCCCGACGGAACCGUCGUCCCCGUCACCGUCGUUGGAUUCCGCGAGGGCAACAUCGUCAGCCAGGUCAAGACCGCGGCCACUGACGGCUACGACGCCGUGCAGGUCGGUUACCGCCGCGUCCGCGACCGCAAGCUCACCAAACCCGAGCUCGGCCACCUGGAGAAGGCCGGCGCCAUCCCCAUGCGCCACCUCCAGGAGUUCCGCCUCCAGUCCGUCGACGGCUUCGAGCCUGGGCAGAGGCUCAUCGUCGAGGAUAUCUUCAAGGAGGGCGACCUCGUCGACGUCUCCGGCAACUCUAUCGGGAAGGGAUUCCAAGGUGGAAUCAAAAGACAUAAUUUCCGUCGCGGACUGAUGACUCACGGUUCCAAGAGUCACAGAGCCUUGGGUUCGAUUGGUGCUGGCACCACUCCUGGGCGUGUCUACAAGGGGAAGAAGAUGCCCGGAAGGAUGGGAGGAACCAAAACUAAGAUCCGAAAGCUGAGGGUUGUCAAAGUAGACAGUGAACUGCGUGUGGUCAUGAUAAAAGGGGCUGUUCCUGGAAAGCCCGGCAAUCUUCUGCGAAUAACGCCUGCCAAGAUCGUCGGGAAGAACAUUCCCAAGAAUUAGAGCUCCCAUCUUUUAAGGUGAUUGAUGGUGGUGUCUUUAUGUCUCAUCUUUUCUGCGGUACGUAUCGUUACUUCUUCUUUCAUUAGUCUUCAAUUCUACUUGCUUCUACUAUGCCGUUUCUUUGUGAUCAUUUGGAAUGUUUUUGACUAAACGAAAGAAUUCUAUUGA